AUGAUUAUUGUGAUGGCAGACCAUUCCUUGUGUCUCGUGAUCGAACAGCUAAAUACAUAGUCAAAUAUCAAAAAAUUAUUGUAUUGUCGUUCUACGAAUAAAAAAGAAGAAAUUACCUCAAAAAGCGAUUAAUUUAAUUUCACUUUGUAGCACUAAUAUUCUACCAAUAAUGGCUGAUCGUGCUAACAUAAAUCAAAUGAUUCCAGCAUUACCUGAAGAAAAACAUGAUAUGUUAGCAGCUACGAGUGUUUUACAACAACAAGCUGCAGACAUCAGAAGCCAGAGUAUUAAAUGGCAAUCUUAUUCACAAUCUCAAAUGAUAUCCAAAGAAGAUUAUGAUUUUAUUGCAGCUUUUGAUACUGGUGAUGCUGCAGCACGGGAUGCCAUAUUAAAACAAUACCCCGGUCAAGCCGCCAAAACAUUUUUAAAUUUGUUGAGUCAUAUUUCUAAAGAUUCAACUAUUCAAUAUAUUUUAACCAUGAUUGAUGACAUGUUACAGGAGGAUCGGAGUCGUGUUGAAAUAUUUCGAGAGUAUUCAACUCGUAAACGAGAAUCUAUAUGGGGACCUUUUCUAAAUUUAUUAAAUCGACAAGAUGGAUUUAUAAUGAAUAUGACAUCACGAAUAAUUGCAAAACUUGCUUGUUGGAGUCAUGAGUUAAUGGAGAAAACAGAUCUUCAAUUUUAUCUUACAUGGUUAAAAGAUCAGCUCAAAAUGAGCUUUGAAGCUGUACAGGAGACAAAUAUGCAUGCCGAUGUAAUACAAGACUUCCCUCCCAUGGAAUCUGGAGAGGCUACUGAUCUCCAAGAAAUGCCUAGCUCGAAUAAUGAAUAUAUUCAAUCAGUGGCCCGAUGUUUACAAAUGAUGCUUCGUAUCGAUGAAUAUCGUUUUGCAUUUAUUUCUGUUGAUGGAAUUUCUACGAUCCUCAGUGUUUUAGCUGGUCGUGUAAACUUUCAAGUACAAUAUCAACUCAUUUUUUGCCUUUGGGUACUUACAUUUAACCCCUUACUUGCAGAAAAAAUGAAUAAGUUCAAUGUUAUCCCAAUUCUCGCUGAUAUCCUUAGUGAUUCUGUGAAAGAAAAAGUCACUCGUAUUAUUCUCGCCGUUUUUAGAAAUCUCAUCGAGAAAGUAGAAGAUCGACAGGUAGCCAAAGAGCAUUGUAUUGCCAUGGUUCAAUGUAAAGUAUUGAAACAAUUAUCAAUUUUAAGUCAACGUAAAUUCGAUGAUGAAGACAUUACAGAAGAUAUUGAAUUUUUGAAUGAUCAAUUACAAGCUUCAGUACAAGAUUUAAGUUCUUUCGAUGAAUAUUCUACACAAGUAAAAUCAGGGCGAUUAGAAUGGUCACCAGUUCACAAAUCUUCGAAAUUUUGGCGUGAAAAUGCUAGUAGAUUGAAUGAAAAAAAUUAUGAACUACUUCGAAUCUUAGUUCAUUUACUUGAAACAAGUAAAGAUCCCCUGGUUUUAAGUGUUGCUUCUUUUGAUAUUGGAGAAUAUGUUCGACAUUAUCCUCGUGGAAAACAUGUAAUUGAACAACUUGGAGGUAAGCAAAGAGUCAUGCAAUUACUUAGUCAUGAAGAUCCUAAUGUCCGAUAUGAAGCCUUAAUUGCUGUUCAAAAACUUAUGGUUCACAAUUGGGAAUACUUAGGUAAACAGUUAGAAAAAGAGCAAACUGGAGGUACAGGAACUUCUGGUCCAAAGCCCGGAUCUCAAGUGCCAGCAAAAGCAUAAGACAAUAAAUUUAGUACGAUUCUUUAAUAUAUGUAUAUAUAUAUUAUUAACUUUCAAUUCCAACGAUAUUAUAAUAUAACAAAAAACAUAUAUACAUAUAUAUAUAUUUAAAAAAAAUUAUUAUUGAAAUUGUUGAAAAUAAUAAUCUAUUUUAUCACUUACUUUAAUUUUUGUUUUCUCUACACAUUACAAAAUAAUCUAAAAGUCCCAUAUCCAUAUACGAAAAAUAAAAUAUAAACUUUUGAGUGUUUUAGGUAACAUACCCAACGAAUUUUAUUUAUUAU